AUGGCGGGAAGACAGCGUAGUCAAAUGGACAGUUCCGGCAAUUUCAAUAUCAAUCACCUGUACAAAUUUAUCUACGAUAAAUGCUCCAGUGCAUCCACCUUUUUGUGCCUGAAAACCAUAUGUGAGGCCUAUAACAAACCGCCUCGGAAAGUUCUACCAGACGGAGAGAUUCUCUAUAACCAAGCACUGUACGACUUGAUAAAUCAUGAUAGAAUUGGAUAUUUUCAUGGCAAAUCCGUGAUCAAAGUGAUAUACAUACUACGGAUCCCUGCCAAACCGAGAUUUCUCGAUCAAAUGAGAAUUGAUUUUCAUAUCGAAACGGACAUCAACAAUUGUAUCAUUUCAUGUACUGAUAAAAAGGGAAAGCUGACGUUGGGAUGGACUGAUAAUACUAUUCCAGUUGUUUCAUACGAAACCCAACACGAUCUUCUACACUUCAUGGCGGAACAUUCUCUGACUAUAAGUCAACCUGUUGCAGAUGAGGAAUUAGCGAGACAAUACGCUGAGAAACGUAAAACGUCUCUACCAAUAAGUGAGCUAGCCAAGCAAAUGAAUAUAGUGAAACCAGCAAUAUUAAAAGAACAAACGUAUAUUUUCCACACAAGGAUCCUUAUGGCCUUUAUGACACAAUAUCCAGUGGAUCAAGCUCUGAAAAAGAAAAUGCAUAUUCAUGGCACAGGAGACAUGGAUGGUAAUAUAAUCAUAACAUAUACAUCGAAUGAUGGAAGAAUAAAGUUAGAAAAACCCGCUACGUCUGAUAGGAGUAGUGGAGAGCCGGAAGUAAGACCUGCACUGCAACAUUUCGGUGUGAUGAAAGCCAAAAGAAAGAGGAUGAAGAAGAAAUUGAGUGAUACUGAAGAGCAAGAGUCGUCAAGUCAAGAUGGAGGAGAAUUUCAAGAAACCCAAGAAGAGUCACCUUCAACUUCUCAUUUUCUAACUCAUCAAGCAUCACAAUAUGAAGAAGAUCACCCAGGUGGCAAAAGACUCAAAACUGGUCGAAAAAGAAAAUCAAAGCAACAAGAUUCUUCCAUUUCAAGUCAGCCAAUUAAAAAGACAGCAUCAAUAUCGUCUACUGCCAUCAAUGAUAUGCCUGUGAUAAAUCAGCUACACACGAAUUUAACCCCUGCAUCCACAGCUAUCACACCUCAAUAUCCAGGAAUUAGCAAUCAAAACGCAAUAGUUGAAAGAGAAAUAAAGCUGGAAGAAGAAGAAAUGACGAGUUACAGUGGAUUCCAAGAAGAGACCGAGAUGAUACCUGGAAUCAAUUGCUUUGGCCAAGAUAUAGAUGAACCUCAAAGAGAGGAAAUGUUGAGAAGAUUCCAGGAGCGUUGGUUCUUUGUGCCAGGGGUUGCUCCUGAUAGUGAGAUACCAACCGAACAUACUCUCAAUCACACUUUCAAUCCAGCUAUGCCCUCUACCAGUCAACAAUAUUAUGAUAGCUUAAAACUCCCUGGAAAAGUUUCAACGUCCGAAUUUCCUAAAGUUCCAACACAAAACCUGGAGGCAAUAGGCUCUCUUCCUUCAUUCAUCAACCCGCGAGCUACUGGUAACGCGAAAGCUCCUCUUGGAUCCUUUUGGAGUUCAGAAACAUAUAAUAUCAUUUCAACUAUGCCAGAACCUGGAGUUGACAAAAUUGUUCAAAUCGAAUCUCCAACUCCGCCAGGUCCAACCAUUAGUGAUGAUGGUGCUUCAACAAAUGACUCCAACAAAACAGAUAGUCCACCAACUCUCAACAUUUUUUCACCACUACCAACACGAAAAUCAAGUGUAGAAGAGGAAAGAAGCAGCCCAGCGAAGGGAUGCAUCACUCGACAAUUCCUCAAAGAACUUCAUGGUGCAUUCCUAUCUUUAUCAACUCCGAGAUGCUCGGAAAUCGUUCGAAUCAUCACGGAAAAAAUGUACAAGACUCGUGGAAUCGAGUUAACUCGAGUGGAAGAGAUUGAGUUGGCAAUACACUCAUCGAUCAAAACCAUUGGAAAGAAUAGACAACUCGCUGAAGAAUCUGAAACCUUCAUUGAUAUAGCUGCAUUGUUCACUGCGCUUAUCAAAUUGAUCAAAGAAUUGAAUCUUGAAUCUCUCUCAUCGCUGGAACAGAGACUUGUUGAACUGUCACAGGAGUAUAGUCAAAAGAAAUAUAGUGUCUCGAUUGAAACUGUCAAGCAUUUAGUAUGGAAUAUAUUGGAUACGUGUGUGCCAUGA